AUCUCCUCACCUCCCCACAACUUCCCUCUUCCAAUUCCUAUUAUAAUCACCACAAUAUGGAUGUAGAGGCAGAAUCGUCAUCCAGACCACCAAAGCAAGAGGAUAAGCUGAUGCACUCUCCCAAACACCGCACAACAUAUGCAGCAGCUGCGGCAACAACCACAAGAAGAAGAUGCAUAUGCCUGUGGGUAACGGCUUUGAUUCUCGGCCUGGGCUUGCUACUCCUAAUUCUGGGGCUCACAGUUUUCAAGGCCAAGCGUCCUCUUACCACCGUCAAUUCCGUCGCUCUUGACGACCUGGAUUUCUCACUGGACAUAACUAGGCUCAGAGUCCUCUUGAACGUCACACUUGACCUGGGCAUCUCCCUCACCAACCCCAAUAGGGUCGGCUUCAAGUACUCCAACGGCACUGCUUUCCUCAGGUACAGAGGGAACGACGUCGGCGAGGUCCCCGUCCCAGCGGGCAAGAUUGGCGCCCGCGACACCCGCUCUUUGAACCUCACUCUCACCUUGAUGGCGGAUCGCCUGCUCUCCAACUCCGCUCUGUAUUCCGACGUUGUCUCCGGUACGUUGCCUUUUCAGACUUACAUCAGAAUUGCAGGGAAAGUGCGCAUACUCUUCAAUAUUCACGUCGUCACCUACACCACUUGCGAUCUGGAAAUCAGUGUUGCCAAUCGGACGCUCUCUAACCAGAAGUGUCACUACAAGACCAAAUUGUAGUCCUCCAGAUUUGGUGAAAAGAUAAUGGGAGAAAUGGCCUGUUUUCAAGUAGUUUCUCAACAAUAAUGGUAAUGGUGUUAAUGUUGGUGAUGGUGAUGGUGAUGGUGAUCCUCCCCCCUCCCCCACCCUUUUUUCUCUAAAUUAUUAGAAUAGGCUGAGAUAUACACCGCAGUUUGUUGUUUCUUCCUGGGAUGGAACUUCCUUUGAUCUAGGACUAGGAGUUCAUUUUGCUCUUCAUAUGUAAAAUCUGUUAUUACUGUGGUAAAUUAGUAGUAAUUUAAUUUGGAUUAGAUGGUUCCAAAUUUAAUCAUGUUGCUCACCCACAAAAA